AUGGAUCACGACAAUUCUCCCCAUUCAUUACUCGAUCCUAAUCCCCCCGAAGAAUCAGAUAGCCCUGGCUUGAGCUCAGGAAACAGCCCUGGCGGAGACGCAAACGAUGAAUGGCUAUUGUGCGUUCCAAACGAGGCAGCCCUUCCUACGCUGACUCCACGUCACAUUUAUGUGACACAUGUUCCGUAUCAGGGCGGAGAGCAAUUAUAUAUUUAUGUCCGUAAGAGCAAGCUCAGCGGAGUUCCUCAAGCCGAGCAAGCUACGUCUGAUGCGAGGACACGUUUUGCGAACUUCGUGCGAGGGGUUUUGGAGCUUGUGGGCGACACCAGUGGCUUGGUCAUCUAUCAGGACCUGACCCUUCCCAGCUUGCUGUGGCAGGAGCUGUGUUUUCUUUUCAAUGAUGCCGCGGAUUUAAAAACGAUUGAUGAACGUGGGCGCCCAGCCUGGAGGCAUGGCUACGGAAAGGUUACGCGCAGCUUUUGGCGACACGUUCUGUUCUACGCCAUCAUCUCGUCCCAACAUGACGACCAACUUCUCCAUGUUCUUAGCCUGGAGCCCGACCAGUUGAGGGUCAUGCUGCUGGAGAACAUUUGUCGAACAUCCAUGGAGGUAGCCCUCCACGCCAUUGCUCUUCUGAGGAGACUACUGGUAGAAAGUGGUGGCCAGCAGAGACCGCGGCAGUUGUGGUUUCCUCGUUGCUCCUAUCCGUCUUUCUAUGUUCUGAGUGAGCUCUUGGGAACCUCGUCCGCACUGGGGCUAUGCACUUUGGAGACAGCGCGUCAAUUCGUUGCGAAGCAUACAGAGAGGAUCCCAGUUUUCGCAGACUUAAGAGCCACGUCUGCCUCUGGAGAGGACCAGUUCUGGCUCAGAUGUCAAGACUGGAUGGGUUGUAUCGGUGUCACUUGUUACCCUUCCUUGGUAUGGGAGAUCAUUCAUUGUUUAAACAUUACUAACAGCUUGCAGGAACUCCCUGAUAUUAUUGGACUCUACAUCACAGAAGCCCAAGCCAUCGAAAUCGACAAGUAUGUCGGGGCUUUUCCUGACAAACAUGUCUACGAACCCCAGUUUCGGCAUCUACAGGCAUUGCUCAUAUGGUACUCCGAUCAGGCUCAAAAUCAACGCUGCCCUGACCUUGAGAAGCACCUAUACAUGGCCUCAAAAGGAUUGGCGGCUCAUUUAGGAGAAAAACUCCGAUGCCGAUUUUCCAAAAAAAUCCUGAUUCACUUCUGUUAUAUCCAAGAUCUCGGCGCCGAUCGCUUACUGAACAGCUACGAAUCUUCGGUCGACGCGUUGAGAUACUUCCGCGAUCUUAUGCAUGGGAAGAUGCCUCCGCGGCAUAUGUGUUCCAUUGCAUCAAUUGAUGCACUCAUAAAGGCUCAGGGACUGAAGAAAGCUGGAAAGAAACCAACACAGGCGGAUGAUUUCUACGUGAAAUACUGGAUGCUCAGGAUGGAAGGCCAGGAUGAUGAGUCCGCCUACGAGAGUUGUACGCCACGUAUGAGACCUGAUACCAGCCCUUCCUCAACCACCCCCUAG